AUGCGGAAUAAAUGGGACAUCACCGAAUGGCACUGCGAGGUACACGAAGAUGUUGGACUUUGUACCGUCGCUGUUGUGUGGUUGUUGACAGGGAUGGUUUGUUUGAUUGGAAAAGGGGUAGAGAAGGAAGGUGUUGGCAACAACUCGGAAGAGAUAUCUCGAACGAAACUGUACCACCAACUGCGAUAUGUGAAGUCCUCCAGCGGUGAUAACAAGGAAAAACCGAUCCAAGGUGUGCUGAUACCGGGACAUUCAAUCAGGAGCAGAUGGAAAGCUGUACAUAAUGCCUGA